AUGUAUCUAAGCAUGUACCAGCUGGGAGUUGUGAUGGGAAAGAUCAUUCGCCGAAACAGAGUGAGCGAGGGACCUGGUUGGAUCGCCCUAAAUGAGGACUGGCUACAACGCCUGGAGCUAAGCGCCGCAACUUGCUGUGAUGAUGGGGUCCAGUCGCUGGUGCCCCGUACUGCUGCUGCUGCUGCUGCUGGGGACGGCGUGCCCGAUUGUCUCUUCUCUUCUUUACAGUUGGCUGUAGGACAGCAGGACAACUCCCAAAGCACCAAAAGCAUUGAGAGAACCCCCCCCAAGUCCUUGGGAAUUUUAGAGGGACAGGGGGUGUCACCUCUGGGUCGUUGGAUGUUACAGACUAGAAGCCGAGCGGCUAACGCCACAUCCAUGGAACUUCCCUACCGCUCUCCCAUCCCCUUCUCCAAGCAGGAAUUCUGGGAGAUGCUGGGGAGUGAUCUUCAACCCGAUUCCAUCUCGAGGGUCAAACGACGGCCCAUCGUCAAGACAGGCAAGUUCAAGAAGAUGUUCGGCUGGGGGGACUUCUACUCUAACAUCAAAACAGUACGCCUCAAUCUCCUGAUCACGGGCAAGAUUGUGGACCACGGGAACGGCACCUUCAGCGUUUACUUCCGGCACAACUCCACUGGCCAGGGCAACAUCUCUGUCAGCCUGGUUCCCCCAGUCAAGGCCGUGGAGUUUGAUCUGGAGCGGCAGAGCGUGCUCUAUCCCAAGGACUCCAAGAUCUUCAAUUGCCGUGUGGAGUACGAGAAGGUGGACCGCAACAAGAAGACCUCGCUGUGCAACUACGACCCCUCCAAGACCUGCUUCCAGGAGCAGACCCAGAGCCACGUCUCCUGGGUCUGCUCCAAGCCCUUCAAGGUCAUCUGCAUCUACAUCUCCUUCUACAGCACUGACUACCGCCUGGUCCAGAAAGUGUGCCCAGACUACAACUACCACAACGAGAUGCCCUACCUACCCUCUGGAUAGAGGCACCAGGGCUGGAGGAGGAUCCGCUUGAAUAUUGUAAUUGAGGACUGGGGGAAAAAAACUACUGGAAGGACUAUGUGUUGUAUAUAUGUGUGUAUAAGGUAAU